AUGGGUAGCGUGGCUGUGGCUGUGCCUUGCUGCAGGCUUUCAACCUUCGAUUGCUGCCAUUACCAAGUUGACGGGAUUGUCAUUCGAAUUGAGUUAAACACAACUGCAUCUCAUAAGCGGAGAGUCAAUGGUGGUGGAGUUACAAAUGUGGGUAACAGGACACAGACACGGAUUCCCGCAGCUACCAUCGUGUCGGUCCAUCGAUACAAUGCCUAUACGACAGAGACACAACCAAGACACGGCAGCGUUUGCGCACACAAGCGACACAUAACAGUGACAGGACAGGCCAUUACAGUUUCAAAGGAACUUGCAACUGCCGGUACCCGAAUCGAAUCACCAUUACGAACGAUGCAAGCUCGCUUGUGCUACCCGGUCACUCAUYAUUCAUGGAGUACGCCGCUCGAUUCCGUUCCCGAUUCUCGAUUGCUUUGCCUCCACUUCACCCCAAGGUGCUGCAAGMAAGCAUCCGAGCAUUCCAUGGGACGAGACCAUCCGGAGAGUCCCGGUUGUCGCCCAAGAUCACCAACCGUGGAGUUCAAUUAG